AUGGAACAGGACAGCCCGUCGAGGACUCAGGUCAUCACUGAGCAGCCGGUCAGUCGCAACGAAAUGAUGCGGGAUCCGGGCGUCCAGAGGCGCCGCGGCCGCCCUCCGGCGCACAGCGACGAAGAAGAAGAAGAAGUCGCUGGAGAACGCAAGCAGGUCCACGCCCCGAGGAUGGCCAUGUACACGACGCCCGGGCACCACGGGAGACGACGGCGGAGAACGGAGGCCGGGCCGAUGUCGGAUGGCAUAUUCGGACUUGUGGGUUCUACGCUAGACGCCGAGGCCGCAUCGUGGACAUACUGA